AUGUUCCCUCCGCCUCCUCCACCCCAUUGGGCUGUUGAUAUGAACUCUCCGGCGCCCAGCAGAGCAUCGAAGUCCGCCUCCUUCCCUGACCCUCCAGGCUACUCUGCCCCCAAGUCAGUGUCGAAGCAACGAGCGCAGCCGUCCACUAGCCCAUCCUCGACCCCCAGCAAGACCGAGACCGAUGCCCUUAAAUUGAAGAAAGCAUGGGAACUUGCGCUUGCUCCUGCUAAACAGCUGCCCAUGAAUGCUAUAAUGAUGUACAUGUCCGGCAAUAGCUUGCAGAUAUUCAGUAUUAUGAUGGUUUUUAUGCUUUUCAAGGGACCAAUUACCGGCAUCAUAGGCACAAACGCUGCCUUCGCCAAGUUGGAGUCAGAGAGUAUUCGAGGUCAGAUGGUGGCUGUCAAGGUAGUUUACGUGGCCAUGCAGUGUGUGUUACUGGCUCUGGGGAUAUGGAAGGUUAAUGGGAUGGGAUUACUACCGUAA